AUGGUGUACUAUUUCAAGUCGUCGGCAGUCGAUCCGCCGGCCUUUAUUUACGUGGGGAAAGACAAGGUUGAAAAUGAGGAUCUUAUCAAAUUUGGCUGGGAUGAGGAUGUUUGUGCUCACGUCUAUCUGAGACUAAAACCCGGUGAAUCGUGGACCUCGAUUCCAUCAGCACUGCUCGAAGACUGUGCACAAUUGACUAAAGCCAAUUCUAUUGAAGGCAAUAAGAAAGACAACAUUACGGUCAUCUACACGCCCUGGUCGAAUCUGCGAAAGGAUGCGUCUAUGGCUACAGGUCAAGUAUCGUUCCACGACCCGAAGAUGGUCAAGAAGGUUCACGUGCCGGCAAGGCAAAACCCCAUCGUCAACAGACUAAACAAGACUCGCGAAGAGCGGUUCCCGGACCUGAGAGCGGAGCGAGAAGCAGACCAAAGGGAGAGACGGAAGGUCGAGAGGAUAGCGCGGGAGCAACAAAAGGCCAAAGAUCGGGAGGAGAAACAGCGACGGGAAGAGUUGAGAUGGCAGAAGGAUCAUGCGUAUGAUGACAUUAUGAAGGAGGAGAACAUGGUGAGCAACCAGGACAGAGAUGCGUCCUUUUUCGACGACGACUUUAUGUAG